AUGCUUCAACAUUCGUCCUCUGCCAUCCGGCCCUUCCGCAACGACACAAGUUCAUCCUCCCCCGACGAAUCAUCACUCAGCUCCGAGCGUGUACCUUUUUUGACGCAGGAACAGACCUUUAUUAACUGCCCCAAUCUCGAAGAUGGCUCCUUCUCAGAUCCCGCCAGCGCCACUACCGCCGUCAGACCCGAUUCCCUCAAAGGGCCCACAGUCACCUGCCUUGAAACCUCGACUUCUAUCGAUCAUCGUAGCUCCAAUUUCUCGUCCAGAUGGCGUUGGACGCAGACCCUUCCGGCCUUGAACCAUUUGUUGGGUGGGAGUCGUACGGUGGUGCAUAAGGGGCACGUUGUCGAAAGAGGCUCAUUACACAAAUCCAUCCCGACCACACCGCUGAGGAGAGUGCUACGCCUCCUGGCCCUGACGCUGAUGCUAUUAGGAAUCCUGGAGUUCAUUGCUCUGGCAUGCGGCCUCUUCCUGUCCUUCUUCCCCGACGAUGCAGACGACGAAUUUGACGCAUGGAACCCUUCCCAGCGCACCUCCCGCGAAACGGGACAUUGGCCAACCGAUUUCUCCGCCGACAUUCAUCCCGUGGCCUGCCACUCGCACAAUGACUACUGGCGGAAAGAACCCCUGUUUUCGGCUCUCGAGGCCGGCUGCACAGGAGUCGAGGCGGAUGUGUGGCUAUACGACCAAGACUUAUAUGUCGGACAUUCCACAGCUUCCCUGACACCUGAACGAACGCUCCGCACCUUGUACAUCAACCCAUUGCUGAAAAUUCUAGAUCAACAAAAUCCUCAUACAUCCUUCCAUCCCUCGCUGGACAACCCCCGAAAUGGCGUCUUUGACACAAAACCCUCUCAAUCCCUGGUACUUUUGAUAGAUUUUAAGAACGAGGGCCAUAGGAUCUGGCCACAUGUCUCGGCACAGCUCCAACCUCUGCGAGAGAGGAAGUUCCUCAGUUACUUCAACGGCACCAGCUUCGUCGAGGGACCCAUCACUGUUGUGGUCACAGGCAAUGCACCCUGGGACGAGGUUGUGGCAAACUCAACAUAUCGCGACAUGUUCUUUGACGCACCUCUUGGCUUGAUGGGAAAGUUGGCUGACGACAGCGACGCUCCUGAGGCUGCCAUGGACACUCCAGGCGAUGCGCUAGAAGUGCGCUGGAGUCAAAACCAAGGUCAAGGCCGUUCUGGUGCCGCGCCUGCAGAUCCGACAAUCUAUUCCCAAGCCAACUCUUACUACGCCUCCGUCUCCUUUAAUUCGGCCAUUGGCUGGCCCUGGCGUGGCACCCUUUCUCGCCGUCAGCUCGAAAUGAUGCGCAAGCAGAUCGCGGGAGCUCACGCACGCGGACUCAAAGUCAGGUACUGGAGCGUGCCCAGCUGGCCGAGAGGAAUGAGAAAUUAUCUCUGGCGGACAAUGGUGAAGGAAGGGGUGGAUUAUUUGAACGUGGACGAUUUGAAAUCGGCCACCUCGGGUGAUUGGAAUUGGGACAAAAAAGGCCCUUGGUUCAGUGGGCCGUGGAAGUUUUGGCCAUCCCAGACCGCUGCAUAA